AAAUUACCACCUAUACAAGUGGAUCUCUCAUAAUAAUGUCACACCACACUCAAACAUGUAUAUAUACAUAAACAAACAAACAAUCUCUCCACCAAAUAGUCCAAGAAAGAAAAACAACUAAAAACACUCUAGAGAAACUAUAAUGUCGAAAAAGAAAGAAAGCAUCGGACGACAGAGAAUCCCGAUGGUUAAGAUUAAGAAAGAAAGCCACAGGCAAGUCACGUUCUCAAAACGUAGAGCCGGUCUUUUCAAGAAAGCUAGUGAGCUUUGCACGUUAUGCGGUGCAGAAAUCGCGAUCAUCGUGUUUUCUCCCGCUAAAAAGCCUUUCUCAUUCGGACAUCCGAGUGUGGAAUCUGUAUUGGACCGUUACAUGUCCAGAAAUAAUAUGUCCUUAGCUCACACGCAGCAACGUAACCCUGCGGCGAGCUGCGAGCUGAAUAUGAGGUUAACGCAAAUCUUGAGCGAGUUAGAGGAAGAGAAGAAGAAGGGUCAAGCUAUGGAAGAAAUGAGAAGAGAGAAUGCCAGGCGGUCGAUGAACAAUUGGUGGGAAGGUCCAGUGGAGGAGAUGAAUAUGGUUCAAUUACAGGAAAUGAAACAUGCGUUGGAGGAGUUGAGGAAGACAGUUGUGCUGGAGGCAAAUACGGUGCCGUUUAAUGAGGUGAAAGAGGAUGUGUUUGGUUUCUUGGAUAUUAAAGUGAGGACGGCUCCUUCUUACAUGAACAUGUCUUCUGGUCUUUCUAAUAAUUAUAAUUUCGCCUAUGGAAAUGGUUGUUUUUGA